UACCAUAAUCCUAAAAUCCCUCGCUAUCAAUCCUCUUCCCUCUCUUGCACCAAAAAUCCAACCUUUUUCCACCUUUUUUUUCUCUAACAAUCACUACCUCUCUUUCUCUUUCUCUUUCUAUACAUGUCCAAUUUCUUUCUCUAUUCAUCUCUUUCCUUAGAGACCACCCUUCAAAGUUCAAAGACCUUUAUCUUCCCUCCUUAAGCGGCCACCACCGCGACCGCCGCCACCACCUCUUCUUUGUCUCUCUUUUCCCGUUUUACCACUAAUGGGCAAUUGUUGCUCUCGUGGGGAAUCCGGGGAUGCUCCAGAAAAUGAAAAGGGAGAUCAAACAGUAGACAAUAAUAAUGGCAGUAAUAAUCCAGGCACUGCUACCAAUGAAAACUCCACCACCCCACCAUCAAACGCUGCUCCUCCUGAACCGUCAGCUUCUACUAAGCCUGCCAAGGCUGGUCCUAUAGGAAAUGUCUUAGGGCGGCCAAUGGAGGACAUAAAAUCAGUUUACACCAUUGGUAAAGAACUUGGUAGGGGUCAGUUUGGUGUCACCCGUUUGUGUACCCAUAAAGUCACAGGCGAGCAAUUUGCGUGCAAGACAAUAGCCAAAAGGAAGCUUGUGAAUAAGGAAGAUGUGGAGGAUGUUAAGAGGGAGGUUCAGAUCAUGCACCAUCUAACUGGUCAGCCUAAUGUUGUUGAACUCAAGGGAGCAUUCGAGGAUAAACAAUCUGUUCAUUUGGUGAUGGAGUUGUGCGCUGGUGGGGAGCUUUUCGAUCGAAUAAUCGCCAAGGGUCAUUACACAGAACGUGCGGCUGCUUCUUUGCUCAGGACUAUUGUUCAGAUUGUUCACACUUGCCAUUCUAUGGGAGUCAUCCACAGAGAUCUCAAGCCUGAGAAUUUCCUUUUGCUCAGCAAGGACGAGAACGCUCCCCUCAAGGCUACAGAUUUUGGCCUCUCCGUCUUCUACAAGCCAGGAGAGGUAUUCAAGGACAUUGUUGGCAGUGCAUAUUACAUAGCACCUGAAGUGUUGAAGAGGAAAUAUGGACCAGAAGCAGAUAUAUGGAGUAUUGGGGUCAUGUUGUAUAUUCUUCUAUGUGGUGUUCCACCAUUUUGGGCGGAAUCGGAACAUGGGAUCUUCAAUGCAAUUUUACGUGGCCAUAUUGAUUUUACAAGCGAUCCAUGGCCUUCAAUUUCCCCUCAAGCUAAAGAUCUUGUUCGGAAAAUGCUAAAUUCAGACCCCAAACAGAGGUUGACGGCCAUCCAGGUUCUAAGUCAUCCAUGGAUCAAGGAGGAUGGAGAAGCUCCUGAUACUCCUCUUGACAAUGCAGUAUUGAGUCGACUCAAACAAUUCAAAGCAAUGAAUAAAUUCAAGAAAGUUGCUCUAAGGGUUAUUGCUGGGUGUCUAUCGGAGGAAGAAAUUAUGGGAUUGAAGGAGAUGUUCAGGGGCAUGGACACCGACAACAGUGGCACUAUUACACUUGAGGAGCUGAAGCAAGGACUUGCCAAGCAAGGGACGAGGCUAUCAGAAUAUGAAGUGAAACAACUGAUGGAAGCUGCUGAUGCAGACGGCAAUGGAACCAUAGACUACGAUGAGUUCAUCACAGCAACAAUGCAUAUGAAUCGAAUGGAUAGAGAAGAACAUCUUUACACAGCCUUCCAACAUUUUGAUAAAGAUAACAGCGGGUAUAUCACCACUGAAGAGCUAGAGCAAGCACUCCGCGAAUUUGGAAUGCAUGAUGGGAGGGACAUAAAGGAAAUCAUUUCCGAAGUUGACUCUGAUAAUGAUGGAAGAAUCAACUAUGAUGAAUUCGUAGCGAUGAUGAGAAAAGGAAACCCAGAAGCAAAUCCAAAGAAAAGGCGUGAUGAUGUGUUCGUUUGAUUUGUAAUGGUGCACUUGGUAGCGGGGGGAAAACAAAUGAUUACUGUAUUGGUGAGCUUGGCAUUUCAAUUAGGAGGGAAGGUACAAUAGAGCACGCACGUGUACUAGAGGCCUGGAUGAGAAGGGGUGAAGAAAUUGAGUGUUGAAGGGAGGGGAUAAACUAUUGUUGGUGUUUUAGGGUAGUGAAAUUUGAUGGGUGUUCUGUUGGCUGCUAGUUCUCUCCCUUUUGUGUGAACCUUGCAAUCAUUUCCAGAAGAGAACUAGCGCUUAGGAAUUUAAUGAUACUUCCUCGUUGUAUGUACGUCUUGUAAUCCAAUUUAGGAGUACAUAACAUAAAGGAACUAUUGUUGCUGACUUGCUAACAUUAAACUAAAUCAAUUUGGUUCGAUUCA